AUGACAUCAACACCUGUUUGGACACCCUUGCCCAGAUUUGGUUAUGGUUUUGCCAUAUAUCCUUUCACACCAGGGGCACAAACAAAUUCGUCUGAUUCAACAAAAGAACCUCAAGAAGAUAUUCAAGAUAAUUCUCCGAGUGAUCCUCCAGAAAAACAAGAAGAAACACCCUUUCCUGAAGCUACCGAUUCUAAUGGUUUGUCUUAUACAAACGGUUCUUCUGACACAUCAUCGAUAUCCUCUGAAAAUUCCAAUUCAUAUAUUGUAUCAUACCAAGUUAGUCUCGAAGUUGGUGAUGAAGUAUACGUUUUUGAGGAACAAGGAGCUUGGUAUCGUGGUUAUGUCGUCUCUCAAUUACGUCAAACGGAGGAACCUCAAGUUUAUGUUGGGAUUUUUCCGAUGAAUCAUGUCUAUAUAAAAGAAUAUUUAGAAGAUUUAGAAUUCGAAGUAGAUAAUACGAAUAGUAGCGAUUCCAGUCCAGAAGGUGAACGAAUUAAUCGUCCUCCACCUCCUUUACCAUCUCUUAAAUGCGGUGAUGAUACAAUUAGUGGUAAAACCGAACCAUUGGUAGAUGAGAUUGCUAGCACGGUGAGAGAAUGGAGUAGCCUUUUACCAAAAUAUCUUGAAGAGCGAAAGUACAAAAUGUUCAGAACAGUUAAAGAUCAAAUAAAUAAUCUAUUACAAGGACGUCGUCAAUUACUAGCGCAGACUUUAUCUCAAGAUGAAUUGAGUAAAUUACGAAAAGAACUCAUUAAUAAAUUAGUUUCCGGAAAUUUAAUUCAGGAUUUGGAUAUAAUUGUCCGAAAUCCAGAAAGGGGAUUUUUGGCGGAUGAGACUAAUAUAUCUGCUAUUAGACUUUAUCAAUUACAUUCUCAAUUGUCGCUUUUAAAUGUGGAUAAAUCAAAAUCUGAACCACUUCUUAUGAGUCCUACAAGCCCUUCCUUGUUGACACCUUCCGGUAGUAAUUAUUUUCAUUCACAAGGUUCAACGACUACUGAAAACGUUAGUCAUGCGCCGAAAUUUUAUCAUGUAUUUUUAGAUUUAAAAGCUUGGGUUGCUUCUAUUUCAGCUCCUGGCGAAUAUACCGAACUUUAUUUUUCUUUAUACACCAAAAAUGACUCAAAAUUUAUUACAGAAGAAUAUUUCAUUAUAUUAAAUCAUAAUGGUGUUCCAAAAGACGAAAGCAAAAUUGGGAAAAUUCGAACCAUUUUUACGGAUCUUUCGCCUCAUGACAUACAGGAACAAAUUUACCUCGUGUGCAGAAUUGUACGUACUGGAAGUAUGAAGUUAUCUGAUAAAGAUAAAGAAAAUACAAAGGAAGGUGGUUCGAUGACGUCAUUAUUUUCUAAACCAACAAAGGAUAUGGACCAAGCUGAUCAAUUAUCGAUAUCCAAUGGAAGAUCGAUACCACAAACUUUCCGUAGACCUUUUGGAUGUGCUGUUCUUGAAAUAAGUCACCUUCUUCAAGGGAAAGAAAAGGAAACUCUCAGUGAACAUGUGAUGCCCAUAUAUGUACCUGUUCAAGAGUCAACAUUUGCCACCUUACACGAAGACAUUAUAAAUAGCCGUGCUAAGGAGCUUGAAAAGUCACCACGUGCUGAAAUGGUCAGUGUCUCGCUUAGACCAUAUUAUGGUGAGACUGCAAUUAUAAUCAAAGAAAAUCCUGCGUUACUUCAAGAUAUUCCGAUUACAUCACGUCUUGGAUUUGCUGAUGUUGUAUUUCCCGGUGACACGAGAAAUGAAAUUUAUCUCAAACUUUUGUCAGGAGAUUUCACGCAAGGUCGUUCUACAACAGCCAAAAAUAUUCAAAUGACAGCCGAAGUAAAAUUAAACACAGGUGAAGUCUUGGAAAAUGUGAUCUCACAAGGAGCUGGUGAACCUAAAGUUUCACAAUUCGAUUCCUUAGUUUUUUAUCAUUCCAAUAACCCUUUAUGGGGUGAAUUGAUUAAAUUAAAUAUACCAGUGGAAUUAUUUGAACAAGCACAUGUAUUUUUUACUUUCCGACAUCGUUCUACAAAAGAUAAAAAGGAGGAUAAAAUUUUCGCAUUCGCAUAUAUGCCUUUAUUUCCCGAAAACAGAGCAUUUAUAAGUGAUGGAAAACAUUCACUUAUUUUGUAUAAAUAUGAUAAGCAAUGGAUCAAUCCUUCGGUAUAUCUUAAAGCAUCAUGGUCUCCUACGGCGACAUUUUCUGAUACAGUUUCAACACAUUCAUCUAUAAAUUCACAUUCUUCACAUAAAAUGUUUCCUUCGUCUAAAGAUACAGUAGUAAUUGGGACAUUUUUAUGUUCGACAAAAUACACACAAAAUGAAGUUCUCCUUAAAUUAUUAAAUUGGGAAAAGCAACUUAUGUCAGAUAUAAACGAGAUGAUGUCAGUUUUGAAGAAAUUCACUUUUGUAGGUGAGGUAGAGAUAGUUAAAUUUCUCCAGGAUAUUUUUGAUGCACUUUUUGGUAUACUUGUCUCAACAAGAAAUCAACAUGGAGAGCUAGAUGAUUUAAUAUUCAAUGCCCUUGUUACAAUCCUUGGAAUCGUAUCUGAUAGACGAUUUAUGAACUUUAGGCCAGUGCUUGAUGUAUAUAUUGAAAAGCAUUUUUCAUGUGCGGCAGCGUCUUCUCAUUUGAUUCGUUCUAUGAAUCGACUUGUAUCUAAUCCAACUAGUCCAGAAACUGCUCAAAGUUUACGUUCAGCUAUAAAGGUCUGGCAAUACAUAUUUAAGAUAAUAAUGCGAUCUCGUGAACUUCAACGAACAAAAGAAUCCAAUAUGGGAUUGUCUGGUAAUUAUGUUGAAGAGCAAUUCAAAAAAGAACUUUUUAGCUUGUUUAGGAGCGUUGACAGGUUAAUGUCUAUAACAACACCUCAAUCCAUAAUUGGCACGCAAACUUUAGCAUUACAACAUUUCGCUUCCAUUUUUGCAGAUCUUGGGAAAUGUUUUACACCCGAUGAUCUUGUACAGAUAGCAAUCCGGUUUACGGAAUCAGUAAGGUUGCCAAAAGGCAAGUUGUUAGCAUACAAAUUAUUGGUAAUUCUUCAAUUUUGUCGUGGACCUUUAUUUGAAAAUGCAGAAUCUCGCGCAAUCCUUUUACGAAGAGUCGUUGAGUGGGUUGCAGAUCAUAUGGGCAAGUGGGAAAGAACCGGUAAACAAAAUGGUGACAGUGAUUCUGCAAGAAUGCAAUGGCAAGAUGGUAUACGGUUAUGUGUGACCAUUAUUGCCGUUAUGUUGGAAAGUUUACAAUGUUCAAUCGAAAGGUCAACCGAAAAAGCAGCUAAGGAGUGUGAAAUAGAAAAUGUAAAGGUCAUCCUACCACUCGUCGUAAAACUUUGCGAGUCAUACCGAGAGCUGCAUAUUACGGCUGAUGAGAUACAUCCUCAACGAGACAGAACUGCGUCUAGUGGCGCUGUAUUAUCUUCGGCGAUGUUUUCCUGGUCAUACCCAUUGUCCGGUAUAACAACUCCGACACCAACCGUGAGCUCAUACCGACAUUCAAAGGAAUUUUUACUCUCUCCAUUACAGAGUUCAUUCUCGUCAGGAUUAGGAGAAAUAGCUGCUGUAAUACUACAGAUCAUGUUUUUACUAUCCCAGGAACAUAUGAAGGAGCAUUUGCUAUCUACUUACUAUAGGGAAGGGCAUGAUGCAACAGCAGAUUUUUUAACUUUAUUAUUCCUGGUUUCUCGAUCCAUACUUUUAAAUGAAGCUUUUCCGGAGUCAUGGUUGAACAUGAAUAUAAUGGCUCAUAAAGUAUUUUUAAAAUUUCUUGAGCCUAUUUCAACUUUAAUGGAGAAGAAUUACAUUCCUGACAAAGAUGCACCAGAUACAUUUAACGAACAAUUGUGGCGGGAGUAUUUCACUUGCUUAUUAGCCUUGUUAACAAGUAAACACCUAAUAAUUGAAAAUUUUACACCACAAAAACGUCGUGCAAUAUGGCGCUUGGCUGGAGAUCUUCGAGGAAGAGCCGCAAAAUUAUUGUCCACAUUAUGGGAUGCUAUAGGAUGGGAGCAUGGAAAGGAUGGGAAAAUGGGUGGAUAUCAAGUUCGGUUCAUUAAUACGUUAUUGGGACCAAUUUUAGAGUUAUGUUUAUCUCAUCAUGAUGAAUUACGUUCCGCCGCCAUAACAGUAUUAUUUAGUAUGAUUCUUACUCAGUAUACAAUGGAUGAGGAUUUCAAACAGAUGGAAUCGGAUAUUAUCGAUACUUUAGAUAAAUUAUUUAUGUCAGAGAAUAAAGGAGAUGAAAUAUCGCGAGCAUAUUUUAUAGCUCAGUUACGUAGUCUUUUUGAGAAUAACUCGGUUGAAAAAGCUUUACGUGAAACAGUAAUAAAAUUUUUAGAUUCACUCAGCGAAUUCUUAGAAUUAUUAUUAGGUGUUCGUGAUUUGCCAGAGGGAGAAGAAUUCCAGGAUGAUCGUAUAAUGUGUACAUUGAAAUUGAUGAAAUUCAUAAAAUCUAUCGAUAGAGAACAAAUUUAUAUUAAAUAUGUACAUCAACUCGUUCAGUUGCAAGUUCAUAGUCAUAAUUUUGUAGAAGCUGCAUUAACGCUUAAAUUACAUUCAGAUUUAUAUGAUUGGGAUCCAAAUUCUGAAGUUGAAGCAUUACCUGAAAUGGAUUUCCCAAAACAAUCGCCGUUUGAUAGGAAAGAACGAUUAUAUAUACAAAUAUUGGACUAUUUUGUUAAGGGUAAAGCUUGGGAAUGUGGGAUUGAGAUAUGUAAGGAAUUGGCGCGUCAUUUUGAAUAUACGACUUAUGAUUACCAACGUCUAAGUAACAUAUUAAAGCAACAGGCUGUUUUACACGAGAAUGUAAUUAAGAAGGAACGAUAUUUCAGCGAAUAUUUCCGUGUAGGAUUUUAUGGUCGAGGAUUUCCUGCAAGUUUGCAAAAUCGACAAUUUAUUUAUCGUGGUUAUGAAUGGGAGAAAAUUGGAGCUUUUUGUGAGCGUAUGCUAAAUAAACAUUCCCAAGCAGCAUUAUUAAAAUCAAAUUGUACUCCUUCAGAUGAGAUCCUUUAUGAAGAUGGGCAAUUUUUACAGGUUACCGCUGUUGUACCUGAACCUGAUAGUAAACAUCCUGUUUUCAAAAGUGGUGUUCCUUCAUCCAUCAAAGCGUAUUAUGAACACAAUUCAGUAAAUACAUUUAGUUUUUCAAGACCCGUAAAUAAAAAUCCUGACGGGGUGAAAUCUUCAAAUGAAUUUUUGGAUUUAUGGACGGAAAAAACCAUUAUGGUGUCAGAAGAUCAUUUCCCAACCGUGCUUCGCCGAUCUGAAAUAAUUGAAAAUACUGUGAUUGAAGUUUCUCCAAUUGAAAAUGCAGUGGCAGCCAUGAAUUCUAAGAAUCGCGAAUUGAAAAUGUUGGAAGCAAAAUAUCAUGCUUUUCUCACAUCGUCCAAGGGUGUUGGUAAAAUCAAUACCAAUCCCUUAUCUAUGUCAUUGAACGGGGCGGUAGAUGCACCUGUAAAUGGGGGUGUUCCAAUGUACAAAAAAGCCUUCUUCGGAGAUGACUUUUUAACAACUAAUCCGGAUAAAGGAGUAUUUGUAAAUCAACUAAAAGAAGCUAUUGAUGAACAGGUUGAUAUUAUUGAUAGAUGUUUGGAAAUACAUGAUCGUCUCGUCUCUGCAGACAUGCGACCUUUACACGAUACUUUGGUUAAAUUUUUCCUAAAAAACUUUACAGAAGAAAUAAAUCGGUUAGCAGAACGCCGAAACUUGGCUGAGUCAAAGGUAAUGACAUUAUCACGAUCUUCCGCAUCAUCUCUGGUUUUCCCGCCUCCAAUAAAAGAUACCAAUAAACCUUUCUUUAUAUCGAAUUCACCUAUGAAUACUAUGAAUGCUGAACAGACAACACCCAUGCCACCUACAAACUCAUCAGUUAUAACGCGUGUAGCAGCAGCAGCAACUUUCAAUAAUAAUUCACGCAAUUCUAUAAAUACGCAAGGCAAUAUGUCAAUGUCAAAUCAUUCAAUUAAUUAUAAUAAACGGAUGUCCGAAUCUUCGGAAGGUAGUAACGGGAACUAUCCCCCCAUUAGUCCUAAUGGCGAUACAAUUACAGAAAUACCAGUUAUUGAAAAACGACCAACACUUAAAGAACGUAAAGGAUCAAUAGUAUUUGGAGAAAGAAGAAAGACCAUGAAGGGAUGGCCUUUUAAUCGUAAUAGAAGUACAACACAGUAA